AUGACUUCCAAACUCGCUCUCAGCUCUACCAAGAAACUCAACUCGGGCCAUCAAAUUCCUCUUCUUGGCUAUGGUGUCUACCAGGUCCCGAAGGAUCAGGCAUCCGAUGUCUGCAAGAAAGCUCUCGAGACAGGCUACCGCCAUAUCGACUCUGCGUCUGGAUACUACAACCAAGGCCCUAGCGCAGCAGGAAUCCAAGCGGCUGGCCUCCCUCGUGAAGAAGUCUUCUUCACGACCAAGAUUUUUACCAGGCAGUUUCCUUUAAACUACGAGAAUGCCCACAAGCAGGUAGACAUUGCCCUUGACGAAACAAAGCUCGACUACCUUGACCUUGUUCUCAUCCACGCCCCAUACGGUGGAUCUGAUGCCCGAAAGGGUGCCUGGAAAGCUCUUGUGGAGUGCGUCGAGGCCGGAAAGGUGCGCUCCCUGGGUGUUUCUAACUACGGAGUUCACCACCUGGACGAGCUGGAGGCCUACAUUAAGGAGCUCGAGACGGAACGUGGAGGAGCGGGCAAGGGAGGUGUCAUCUCUGUCGGACAGUGGGAGGUACACCCAUGGAUGACCCGACCUGAUAUUGUUAAGUGGUGCCAAGACCGUAACAUCGCAGUCGAAGCAUACUGCCCCAUUGUACGUGGUGAGCGAUUUGACGAUCCCAAGGUCAAGGCUCUUGCGGAAAAGUAUGGCAAGUCGCCUGCGCAGAUUCUUCUUCGAUGGAGCUUGCAGAGGGGAUAUGUACCUCUUGUGAAGAGUGUCACGCCAUCUAGGAUUCUGGAGAAUACCCAGCUGUAUGACUUUGAGUUGACGGAGGAAGAAGUGGAGGAUUUGGCUACUACAGACUACAGCCCUUGUGCUUGGGACCCAACUGUCGAGCCUCUUGAGAAGUAG